CGCUCGUUGAAGCGUGCCGGCGUCCCUUGGAUCAGAGUUCGUGCCGUGAUGUAGUCGUAGCAGUAAUGGUGGUGGCGUCACAAGCUAACUCAUCACGUCGGGCAUAUGGAAUUGCGAGCGGUUGAGAGCAUCAACCACGGCUCUUCCUGAUCAGAGUCGGUGGGUGAUGGCAAUGUGGCACAACGUAUCGAGGCGUACAAUGUGCGUGGAUGGAUCAAGCAAAAGUAUAAGAGGGGCAGCUUCAAGACUGUGGUAAGCUGUGACUCCAUCACUUCUCACCUCAUCACGAACACACAAGCUCGAUCCAGCCCACUCAGAGUCGAUCUCCAUUUCUCCUUCCAGACCACCAUUGCCCUCCGAAAUCCUUCGCAAUGCCAGCGGCACCCAAGACAUCCCAAAAGUUGGCGGGCAAAAAGUAUGUGCUGCUCGGUGGCACCUCCGGCAUCGGGUUCGCGGUCGCAAGCGCGCUGAUCGAAGAAGGAGCAUCAGUGGUGGUAAGCAGUUCUGGCUCGGCUCGAGUGGAAGAAGCGGUUCGGAAGCUGAGCGAUGCGGAGCAGCAAUUCAAUGCCGACCCUUCUCGCGCCUCGGGCCACGCCCUGGAUCUGUUCGGCCCAGAGGUGGAGAGUAGGCUGAAUGCCUUUUUCGCAAAAGUGGGACCCAUCGAUGGACUGAUCCACUCGGCUGGAGAUAGCUUGGACCCUCUACCUUUGGAGGAGGUCACUUAUCAGGCUAUCGUGGAGAGGAGCAGCGUCAGAUACUUUUCCGUCAUCCUCGCCAUCAAGGCCGCUCUUCCUCAUCUCAAACCGCACUCGAGCAUCGUCUUUACCAGCGGCACGAAUGCUGACCAGCCUAUUCCGGGCCUCGGGAUCAUGAGCGGCUUGGCUGCUGGAUUGUACGGUCUAGCCCGCGGUCUCGCGCUCGACCUCUCGCCCAGACGCAUUCGCGUCAAUGCGGUUGUGCCGGGUGCAACCCUGACGGAGCUGUUCGAGCGGCUUCCAGCUGAGGUGAAGAAUUACCUGCUGGAGGAGGCGAGCAAGCAGCCUACCUGGAGAGUCGGCCAUCCUGAGGAUGUGGCUCAGACGUAUCUCUACCUGCUGAAGGAUGACAACAUUACCGGUCAAACGAUCAAGAGCGAUUCUGGAAAGGCAAUCGGUCCACGUCCUGGAGCCUAGCUGGCACGAUGCCUCCGACCGUCCUCCGUCACUCCUGGCUUCGUCUGCACGGCCCGGUCACCGAAGAUGGGGUCUGAUGGCCGUGCAUCAGAGUGCGCUAUACUGGUCUGGCAAUGAAGCGGCAUCUUAAUUGCUGUCACAGAUCGUGAAUCAAUCUGUCUCGGGAUCGUUGUAUGAAACUACCUUCGCGCCCUUGAUCGAAAACAAUCUUGAAUGCGGCUUUAACCUUGAUCAGUUAACGCGCUUGGAUGCGUGAUGAUGAGCUCGCAGGGAUGCUGACGCCAUCAGUCAAGAGUCAGAGUCGAGAGUUCCUAGAGUCACGUGGCACGUGCCAUCGUGAUACAAGCGCUAUAUGCAUCGCUGACCCAUCGACAGACAUGACGAGUGUGGCGCCUUGGAGUAGGCGGGAGAAGCAGAGGGCGGCGAAGGAAGACGAUAUGAAAGGGCAAGAAGCUUGAAAGGUUCGUGAGCAUCGG